AUGGGUGUCCCAGUACAGGGGUCGCAGUCCCGGUACAGGGAUCGCUGUCCCAUCCCGGGGACACGGAGCGGAAGGCGGCAGCAGCGGGAGCUGCGGGAGCUGCGGGCCGGGGGCACCGGAGCUUCUUCGGCCGAGCGGGGCCCGGGGCGUCGCUCUGGGGCGGAUUCUGUAGGGGCCAAAAUGAAUAUUUUGGGGACCAGCUCGGACUGGCUCUUUGUCACUGUGAAUUAUUUGCUUUAUGGAACGAGACACCUGAGAGUCCCGCGGGAAUCCAAGAGUGGAGCCGGGAAGGAAACCUGGUCUGACUGCGGGAAUGGGAGCGGGGAUCAGGAGAGGCUUCCGUCGGUCCCUGGAGCCGCCGCCGUGAAGGUGAAGUGUGACGAUGUGCAGCGAGAUAUCUUGGAGGAUUGUCUCCAAGCAGAUCCCACUGCAAAGAUGGAAGAAACCUCCAGCAAGGAGUUCACACAGACAACACACUUUGAAGAAAUGCCAGGAAGCAAUUGCACCCAGGCAACUGAGUUCAGCUUGGCAGGAUUCACCAAGGACCCUGCAAAUCAGGUCACCCUCUUCCUGCUAUUCCUGCUCACCUACCUUGUCACCAUCCUGGGGAACUUGGGGAUGAUCGCCUUGAUCAGAGCCAGCCCCCUGCUCCACUCCCCCAUGUAUUAUUUCCUGAGCAACCUGGCUUUUGUGAACCUCUGCACUUCCACCAUUAUCACCCCCCGGAUGUUGGUUGGGGUUUUGUUGGGGAGGAAGGGAAUGUCCUAUGCUGGGUGCACGGCUCAGGUGUUCACUAUUGGCCUGUUUCUGAUCACUGAGUGCUUCCUGCUGGCUACAAUGGCCUAUGACAGGUAUGUGGCUGUUUGUCACCCCUUGUUCUAUCCCCUUGUCAUGUCCCGAGAGCGCUGCUCCCGGCUGGUGGCCGGGUCCUACCUCCUGGGGCUGGCCAAUGGUGUGGGACAAACCCUUGGCAUGUCCAGCUUGUCCUUCUGCAGCUCCAGCACUAUCAAUCUGUUCUUCUGUGACAUUUCCCUGCUGAUCUCGCUCUCCACCUCUGACAACACCCUCAGCCUCGUCAUCCUGAGGACUGCUUCAUGUUUGCUUGGUGUUCCCACCAUCCUGGUGGUCCUGGUGUCCUACGUGGCCAUCAUCCUCACUAUCCUGAGCAUCAGCCCAGCCCAGGGCAAGCACAAAGCUUUCUCCACCUGUGCCUCCCACCUCACCACUGUCAGCACCUUCUAUGGGGCUUUGAUUUUCAUGUACUUAGUCCCCAGGUCAGACUCCUCCAGGGGAGUAGAUAAAUGGGCUGCUGUGCUCUACACUGUGGUGACACCCAUGCUGAACCCCUUGAUCUAUAGCCUGAGGAACCAGGAGGUAAAGGAGGCUUGGAAGAGACUCAGGAAAAUAAAAUGA